AUGGUCCACAUGCUUACACAUAUUUUUUUGCAUCCACAAACUGGGCAGAAACUGGACAGCCUACAGGCAUAAAAGCAAAAGUGGUUCUUGUCUCAGCUAGUCUGCAUAAGAGGAAAUUCCUCCUGGAAACUUGUCACAAUCAAGAUCCAAAAAAAAUCUUCAGAAAUCAUAAUGGAUUCCGACCUUAUCAAUGGUGCCGAGUGGGGCAACUUUGAAUUCAAAUCUGUUCAAGAGAAAGACUUCGGUGCUGUGCUGACCCAUCUUCGUGACUCCUUUUAUAAGGAUGAACCCACCCAAAUUGUGAUGGGAAUGACGGAAGACAGAGCGAACGAUUUGGACGAUAGGAUAAGGACGUUUCUCGUUAAUGGGAUGAGUUUUAUGGCAAUUUGUAAAGUUACGCGGAAAAUUGCCGGCGUCGUAGUUAUGGAGGACUGCUUCAAAGACAAGAAAUACCCCGUGUUGACCCCAACUUCUCCCAUAACGCCGAAAGUGCGUCACUUCUUCACCAUUUUAGAAGAUUCCGUAAACAUUUUCGAGAAAUACGGGGUGGAAAAAUAUGCCGCAAUUUUUAUUCUCAGUGUCCAUCAAGAUUUCCGAGGAUGUGGUCUCGCAACGGAAAUGUUCCGAAGAGCCGUACAAGUUUUGAAGCUGAUGUCCUAUUCCAUAAUCGAAUGCACAUUUAGCAACCCAUUUUCGCGAAGAAUUGGCGAAAAGUUUGGCUUUAUUGAAGUUUCUCGUACAAAAUAUGUCGAUGCGAAAGACGCACAAGGAAAUUUUUUCAUGCUGCAUGCCAAACCAGAUCAAUUCGUUAAUAUGACAAUUUUAGACUUACGAGAGACACAAUAGGUUUAAUGCAGUGGCCGCGGAAGGGUGUGGACAGAGGAACAAUGUUUCCGUGGUUGUUCGAUGUCCUCAUCAUCUGCCCAUGUUGGUUAAACCCCUCUCUCCCCUAUCCUAUAAUGUUAAUGUCCCCACGGCUUCCGCGGCCAUUGGUUGAAUGAUUCUAUUAGUCAAUUAUUUUACUUUAAAUGUUAAUUCGGCAUUGUACAAGAAGAUGUAAGCAUUUUUAUUAUCUUUGACCCUCAUUUUAAUGCAGCAACAAGAGGCGGAUAUGUGCAUAUUUUGAGCGGAUAUGCGCAUAUCUAACGAGGAACUGGUGUGAAGGUUAAGUUCAAUUAUUUGCUCUUGUUCUUGGACUGGAUUGCUCUUAUCUAUUCUCUGUUCCAUUCCUUGUUUUACUGCAUUCGCGACAAUAAAUUUAUCCAACUUCCGUA